ACUUGCUAAUUAACUCAUGUCUAUAUUUCCAGCUUAAAACUUAACUAUUCUAAAGAAUCCCUCUACAACGAAUUUACAACACAGUAUUCAGUUCUUAAUCAAAAAGACUUUAUGAAAUAUUUACCAAAGCAAACAGUUUCAAUGAAAUUCAAUUUCAAGGCUAAAGCAGCCAUAACUCCCGUAAUUGGUGAGCCACAAACCAAUAUCGAAUGGUCUGAAUUAAGAAGAUAUGAAAGCAUUCAUAAUAAAUAUGACACUUAUUACUUUUUGGGAGCACCAGUAAAACUAUGCUCCUGGCUGCCUUUACCCGCCCACGUCAAUGAACAAUAUCUAGCGGUAGUCUAUCGUCAAGAUAUGUUUAAAUUUGUUAAAUUUACUCAACCUACACAACAUCAUACCGUGAUUUUGAUAAUGAAAGUAACGCAAAAGAAUCAAAAACCCCAAUUAGAUAUACAUUAUGGUUUUGUAGUGCCCGAUGGUCCGGUUCAUCAUGUAUCAUUUUUACCCAGUGGAGGUUAUGAUGAAUCAUCCAAUCGUUUAGGAUUAGUAGCAGUGGCCACAGUUUCCUCAGCUGUAAAAAUCUAUAGUUUGCCUCUUAAUAUUGAGGGUAAAGUAAUAUCCUCUGAAACUAAUAAUUACAAUGAAGAUAUUACUUUGAUUGAGGUAAAACCAAGUUUUCUUUUAAAUUUGGAUUUGUUGCAUAAACAACAGCAUGUGCUAUUAGAUACACAAUGUCUACAGAUAUGCUGGUCAGAGUUUAACGGUCAUCAACACAUUUUUGCUAGUUUCGCCAAUGGCUUUAUUGGUAUCUGGGAUAUAACCAAUGAUCUUCAGGAGAAUUUAAAUCGUUUUGUAGAGAAUGAUAUUAUUAAUUAUGCUCCACUUAACUAUUUUUAUGUGGGUGAAAAGAGUGUAAAGUGUUUUGCUUUACAUUAUGACACCUCUGGACCUAGAUGGUUGGCUGUUUCUGGUGCCUAUCGCAAAUUUCUUAUUUUUGACAUAAAAUGUUUUAUGCAACCGAUGAUUAUGAGAGAAGAGGUUAAUAAAAAUAUUUUACUGUCGAUGGAUUGGUGUCCCUUGUGGGAGACACUAUUAUAUAGUUAUGGUGAUGACAUUCCUAAUAGUAAGUAUUAA